CCCAGCCACAUAUUUCCAUGGCAAUGCCACAAACCCAUAGAAACCACCAGACAACCAGUUUGUUGCCAGUCACAUCAAGUUUCCUUUCCUCCCAUUUCCGUUACAAUCAACAAUAACGAAUCUGUAACGUGGUCAACGACAAUAAUCCAUCCGUCUACCAAUUUCAUCUCAUGCAUUUCAGAUUGCAGCGAGAAAAUUGAAAUUGAUUAGAUACGUUUUUACAUUGACUUGGCUGGGUUUCCAGCAAACUACCAGCCGAGUCUCUUGUUUUUACCUAGUUUCAUUUCAAUUCUAUUUCCAUCCCAGAUAAUCAGAAUCUAGCAUUUGGCAUCCACAUUCGCAAUCCAAGAUGGCGCCUCUGCUGCCGAGUUUAGCAGCACACGCCCGCAAUCUAAUCACCUCAGCUCAUGGUCUCGCGACACGUUCAUCAGGUUCGACCGCGGCCUCCCAAGCAACAUCCGCUCUUUCGCAACUUGGCCCUCUCGCCGCUCGUUCCAUCCUCUUAGCCCGUGACGAUGCUAAAUCCGACGACAAUACCAAUUCCGACGGGACACCAAAGGUCGACCCCAACAAGGGCGUCGUGCACCCGCAAAACAUCAACAACACAUUCGUAUUCGUCCUCUUCGGUUUGAUCGGCGCGGCUUUCGUCUGCACUGGUAUCUGGUUUUUCUUCUGGGCCAAGAACGGCGGUUUCCACUUCCGCCAGAACGACUGGGAUGACUACAAGUCCACGGUUCUACGACGAAAGGGUCCCAACGGCACUAUACUCUCCGGCGCUACACCUACCACACAACUAGGCGGUGGAUCAGUCUAUAAAGAUGUUGUCGAUGAUGGUGCCCCGACUGAGUAUACCGGCGGUUUAACCCAGAUCUCCGGCGACACAGGUAGCACACUCACUGGUAUCACGGCGGGCGCAUCCGACCUCAGCGCACGCGAAAAACGCCGUCAAAAGCGUGAGCGCAAGGAACGUGAACGAGAAAAGAAAAAGGACCGCCGCAACCGCGAAAAAACCAGCAACAGCCGCCGCGUCGGCGAAGACGGAGUCCUAGUCGACGAAGAAGCCGAGGCCGAAGCGAAAGACCAUCUCCGAGCUUACCGCCACGAAAAAGCCGCGCGUGUUGGUGGUAUCAAUAAAGAAAGCGAGGGAAGUACUUGGGACGGAUCUACGGCACCGGAUAACUCGACUAGCGCUGGUAGUGAUCUUUUGAGUAAUCGCCAGAGCACGCCAACUAAUACCCCGACGAAGGAGAAGGAAAGCAGGAGCAGAGGUGGUGGUAUUCGCAAGGUUUACAGCACGGCGGACCGAACGGCUGAUCGUGAGAAUGAACGUCUGCGUGCGGAGGCUAGGCGAUUGCAGAGGGAGGAGAAGAGUCGUUCAGGUGGUAGCAGUGGUGGGGAUGUGAGGAGGAACUUUAGUUUCCAGCGUGCUGCGGCUAGUCAUAGUAACCACCGCCGUGCUGCUGCGAGCGAAGUCUCGGCGUCGGUUAUCGAGGAGGAAACACCUAAUGCCGUUGGCGAAGCUACUAAUAACGGUCGUUACCUACCUGCGCCUGGCGGCUGGGCUCCUAGCGCUGUAAGUGGUAGCGAGGCCCCCACGGAGAGCGAUACAGGCACUAAGUCGUACCACCACGUCAUCCCGGGUAUUUCUCCUAGCACGGUGAGCGGAAGUGGUAGUGGUGGUACUAGUACCGUGGCGAGCAGUGACUACGCCGAGGAGAAGAGGAAGAAGAGAGGUGCUGGGAAGUAUCGACGGGAUUAAAAGAUUUAUGGGGAGUUGGGUCCAAGGAGAGUUUCUUAAGAGGUCAAGGCAUUCGCAACGAAGAUAUGCAUACAUCAUAAUAUGAGGUUCAUGGAAAUGGUGUGUACUACGAGAAAAGAACCAACCUCUUAUCUAUAGGGACUUUUCAUCAUUUUAAUAGGUGUGCCUUUUUAGCUGUGAUUGCUUUUAGUUUCUACGCACAAAUGGAUGGAUAAACGGAUGGAUGUAUCAAUUUUAUGGACGAGACGAAACACGCAUGUAUCUACAACACCAAUGAAGCAAAGCCCACAUCACAUUCUCUACGCGAGACAUUCAAUGGGAUGACACAAACGGCGUUUUCUGCCUUGCUUCGGUUUAGGGCAUUAUGUGGGGGUUUGCUCUACUUUUGAUGGCGUUGUUCGUAAUGCAAUUAGGUAGAUAGAGGAUAACCACGAUCAUCGACAAUAAAGGAUGUCAACGUAAUAUGUGAAACAUAUAGCUUCGUGAUGUGAUCUCUACACCGUAUACUAAAAUUGACAUGGCAAGGUGAUGAGCGUUUAUAUCA